AUGAACAGUGUCGGAACGGAUGAGGAUGGAAAUCAAUGGCAACAGAUCGUCUGGUACGAUUCCGGCAUUGGUACGACCUCCCUCGCCUUGGGUAAAAAAAUCCAGGGCGCGAUCGGUCAAGGAUUGGAAGGCAACAUUGUGGAGGCGUACAACUUCUGUGUCUUGAACUAUAACCCCGGUGAUCAGAUCAUGUGCUUUGGUUUCUCAAGAGGCGCAUUCACAGCCCGUGCUAUCGCUGGACUUAUCUCGGACAUUGGAAUCUGCAACAAGCAUGAAUUGAAUCGCUUCCCAGACCUAUGGAAGGUUUAUAAGAAGAAUAAGCCCGGUCAGAGAUUUUAUUGCAGCGACCUCUGGUUCGAGUGGAUGGAAGGCAAAGCCGACGAGAAACAGGGCGCGAAAGGUGACGAAUUCAAAUUUUCGAAGCUCGGGCAAGGUGAUUGGGCUCAGGAAGGAUCAAGGAGCGUCGAGGUGGUUGGGGUUUAUGACACGGUCGGCAGCAUUGGGAUGCCGGCAAUCCUGGGAAUGAAACUCCCAUCAUGGCUUACAUGGUGGUCUGAUCAGAGUGGAUGGGAAAAUGUUGAUCUUUCGGCCAAUAUCAAACAUGCAUACCACGCUCUGGCUCUUGACGAGCACCGAGACUCAUUCGCACCUACCUUAUGGUACUUGCCCCGGUUCGGAAACGUGACCGCCGAACAAGUCGAAAGUCAAAAGAAAGUCUUGGAGAAAAAAGCAUUAGAAUGGCAAGAGAUUCUGGAAGGUGCAAUCAAGCUCAAGAAAAGUGGCAAGGCCAGCGACGAGGAUAUCAAUAGCGCCGCUCGCCGUCUCAACCGAACUGCCAAAAUUUUGAACGAAGAAUCCCGGAAAUUUGUCAAAAUGGAGGAUGACUGCAAGCACCAAGAGCAUCCUCGAACGUUGAAACAAGUGUGGUUUCCUGGCUAUCACGUCAAUAUCGGUGGAGGCUCCGAUGACAGCCUCCAGAAUGAAGGUGAUAUGGAAGAGAUGUCCAGUAUCACCUUUGCUUGGAUGCUGGACCAGAUCAAGCCUCACCUCUCCCUUGACGAAGAGUACCUCGUGAAAGAAAGGACUGACAUGGAGUUCUAUAUCUCUGAGCUUGGUGAAAGCAUGCAAGAAAAAGGAAAAUCCUGGGUCCAAAACACAGUGUCAACCUUGAAGAGCACUUUCAAAUCGGCUGUCCCGACUGCGAUCAGAUCACGUUCCUAUGGCUGGGGAACCGGCGAGCUUGACGAUAGCUUCACACCAUUCUUCUACCUCAAUGGAUCCAAAAGACGAACCCCGGGCUACGAUCUCCGCGACCCAGAUGGCAAGCUGCUUGGGGACACCUGUGAGUUCGUCCACCCGGUGGUGGGAUUCCGAAAGCAAGAGAUCCCAUCUUACACACCUCUCGGCUCUGGUACCAAGUACGAGCGUCGCAAGAUUGUCAACGAGACCGGUUGCCCCUCUUACGAAUAUACUCUGGGCGGCUCUCGCAAACCGUUGCCUGAAUGGCGCUUAGGAGGGCUGGAUUCCUACGAGAGAUUGUUCAUUGCCAGCAAAGCCGCAUACGAUUAUGUUGAUGAGUUGGAUUUGUAUUUGAAGACCGGGGUCAAGACACCUCGUCGAUCGGUGUGGGGCGUUCGCGAUAUUGAUCUUGGGAUCGGAUUACCUCAAAUCCCGGCCGUUAAUGAUCAGCACUCAGACCACAAUGGGUCUUCAUUGGAUGCUGAAGAAGAGGCUCGGUUGAAGGGGCUCCAGGAUAAACGUGCGGAAUGGGCUGCCUCGGAGACGGCGUUGGACGAGCAAGUGAUUCACGUGUGA